AUGUUUCCAUGGCAACAGGUGGACGAAGAGGCGGAGUCCACUCGGCCAAAAGGUCACAUAGAGUGGCUGAAGGAUGGGGAGGUGAUAGUCACCGAGGGGACUAAGAAAUACCGUCAGUAUCGCAAGAAGGGAUUGCUGCAGAUUAAUAACAUUGGCUGCGGUGAUCAGGGAGUGUAUGAAUGUCGCUAUAACUCUAGUCGGUGGGGAGAGGCUGGCAGAACUGAAUUACACAUAGCUCCAGUGGUGUCCAAUGUACCUCUCAUACAGACUGUGAUAGCUGGGACCCUCGUCACUGUCAGGUGUGAUGUCAUGUGUGAGGGAAAUGACAUCAUUACCUGGACCAAGAGUGGAAGAAUCGUCGCCAAUAGCAAUGGAACCAGUCUGAGGUCGAGAUACUCGGUCCUGGAGAACGGUUCCCUAUUCAUUGACACUGCUCUCCAUGGAGACAGUGGCUGCUAUACCUGCUCUGCUAGCAACCCAGCCGGCACGUCGUCGGCCAGCGUUCAACUGAUUGUAACUCACAACGGUCAACCCACUGCAGGAUCGGUUGCCGCGUCGCUAUGCGUCUCAGACACAAACGACUCUAUUGAUAAUUCCACCUCUUCCUCUCCGGCAUGUAGCUUAGCAACGGGUCCUAUUACCACCACGACGCCAGAAGGGUGCAGGGUUCUGGAGGAUGUGUCACGAGACGAGAGGAACAGAGCAUCUGUUGAGACUGUCGUUGGAGGUAAGCUGUUUGGACCAGUGUUCCUCCAUCGACCCCACCAUUGUCUGAGAGCAACAGCAGGCUACACUGUGGAGAUAUUCUGUGUAGUGACCGGGAACCCGGCUCCGAGGGUCUGGUGGACUAAGGACAAUGUUAGCAUCACUGCAGGCAGAGCGCCACAGCAAGCAGUGUUAGGGACCGGGGAGUGGCAGCAACAUUUCCGACAGGACAGCAACAACACUCUCAGAAUUCACUCAGUAGCUGAGAAUGAUGGUGGAGUGUAUGAAUGUAUAGCUGAGAACUCUCGAGGGAGGCAGAGUGCUACCACCUUGCUGGGAGUGUGGGGAGCUGAGGACGUGUGUGGGUGUGUGAAGGAGACGAGAGGGGAAGAUGGACGACGGAGGAAGAGAAUUACUCAGGGGUCAGAGGUCACGUCCCCGGAGCACUACCCCUGGCAGGCACCAGAGUAUGACAUAGCUCUGGUGAAACUCCGCUAUCCUGCCAUCUUGAACACUGCCGUCCGGCCAGCCUGUCUCCCCGUUGUCAAUAGCGACCCUCCAGUUGGGACCAUCUGCUACGUCAGUGGGUGGGGUCAUCUCGACUAUGACCAGGGACCUUCCCCUAGCAUCCUCCAUCACACCCUUGUCCCUCUCGUCAACUACAGUAACUGUCGUCACGAGGAUGCCUAUGGCAACGCGGUGACCAGAAAGCACCUGUGUGCAGGGUUCGAGGGAGGUGGACCUGAUUCCUGUCAGAAUGACAGCGGAGGACCUCUGGUGUGCGAGCGAGGUCGAAGGUGGAAGGUGUUUGGGGUCGUCAACAAUGGAGUGGGCUGUGGGAAUGCCAAGAAGUAUGGACUCUAUGCCAGAGUUGUCAGAUAUAACAGCUGGAUAAAGGCAGUUCUAGGCAUGUGAUCUAUUCUCUUCCUGAAGUGUCGACACAUCAAGUCAUCGACCAUUCAAAAAUCACUUUCCCUCCGAUAUUUGACACAUUAACUCAUUUUUCUCACCCAAAAAAUUAAUUAUGAUCAUAAUUAUAACAGCUGAAUCAGAGAUAAUACAUUUUUCUUACAACAGGUUGUAAUUUCACAAAUAUUAUUAUAAUAUUACCAAUCACAGUACAACACAGUUUCAUGGCUAAUGAUGAUGUCAUAUGUGAGUUGCCGUGACAACAU